AUGGCUGCCAGGCGAGAACGCGCCUCACCAUUACUCUUAGUCCACCACCGCGCAACCGGAUGGAGGAACGAAGAUACUGGAGCCGGAAUGGCAGGCUGGAGAAGACGGCUCACCAUGGCCGCCUUUUUCGCAGUGCAAUUGCAUAGAAAGAGAGGAAAGAGAGUCCGCGACGGCAGGCUAGACGAGAAGGCGGCUCACUCAUCUCGAGUCUAUUUCAUCGCAACUGGACAGAAGGCAAAGGAAGCCGAAGCUGCAAUGGCAAGCCAGACGAGAAAGCGGCUCACUUCUACAGAGAUUGCAUAUGGUUGCAAUGACACCAAAAUAUCUCGUGCUGCUGUCAAUGGCGUCUUGGACUCGAGGAACUGGUCUUCGAGGACAUUGAGAAGAACGCGCGAUCCAACAUCGAAGCCGCCGGAAAAACGGCACCAGGAUUCCGGGGGUCAUCGCGGCGGGAGAUUGCCGCCGUGGUCAGUCUCUGAUUGUCUGGUGCAUCAACGAGGGUCGCCAGUGUGCACGCGAGAUGGAUUCGUUCCUGACGGGAGCAAGCUCUAUGCUACCGGUUACCGGAGGCAUCGUGAAGAGUGUCCCUUGUGUGGCUCUUUCUGGCGAGAAGGUGGGUUGACAAGGGGUAGCCUGGUGGCUAGUGGAGCUUUCCGGCCAAACGUGUAG